ACAGCCUGAUGAGGAGGGAUCAUAGGGUCCCUUAUCUCUCCCAAUUAUGAGUGCUACUCGGGAGUCUGUGUUAGAAGGGACUGCUGCUGCUGCUGCUGCUGCUGCUGCUGCUGCUGCUGCUGCUGCUGCUGCUGCUGCUGCUGCUGCUGCUGCUUGAAAAAAUUAAAAACAAAACCAAACCAAAUGUAUUUGGGGAAAUCAGCACUGGGAAGCCCCUUCUGAGAAACUCGAGGUCCAAAGGCACUUGGAGAGCCCCAAACUAAAGCCCCGUAGUGGGACCCCUAUUGAAAUUCUCCACUGAGUUCUAAGACAGAAGCCCCUCUUGGAGACGCACAGGCUAAGCACUCCUGGGCAGAAUCCUUCCCUUUCCCUGCUCAGCCGGUACCGCAGCACCCAGCACCACAGCACCCUUCCCACGACCUCCUUCUCUUUUACCUCCUUUACGCAAGACUCGGGGAGGUGGUGCAAGCAAGAGUGGAAAGAAACAGCAGACAUCCAUUCCCUCCUGGGAGACAGAGGGCGCCUCUGUCCACUCCUGGCCCUAGCCCUUCGGGUUUGUGAAGGGGUGGGGCCGUUGGGAGGAGGAUCGGCGGGGAAAGACGAGUAAAGACACUGCUCCGGGGCCACAUACGCAGCGCGCCCUUCUGUCCAGAACCUGCUCCGACGUCAGGCCGAGGCCAACCGUGUGCUGCUGAAAUGGGCUCUGAGCUGGAGACCGCCAUGGAGACCCUCAUCAAUGUGUUCCAUGCCCACUCGGGCAAGGAAGGGGACAAAUAUAAGCUGAGCAAGAAGGAGAUGAAAGACCUGCUACAGACUGAACUCUCCAGCUUCCUGGAUGUCCAGAAGGAUGCAGAUGCUGUGGACAAGAUCAUGAAGGAACUGGAUGAGAAUGGAGAUGGGGAAGUGGACUUCCAGGAGUUUGUUGUGCUGGUGGCCGCUCUCACAGUGGCUUGUAACAACUUCUUCUGGGAGAACAGUUGAGCACAGUCUCAGUAGGCAGCGCCCUUCCUCUUUGCUCCUCAUCCCACCUGUACCUCCCUAUGUACCCAUCCUUGCCCAGGCUCAACAUGCACCAAGGGCGCAACAGUAGCAGUCCAGAUCUGCCACUAGUUUUAAUAAAGCCUUCUCUCUCACGAACUGUCAA